UAAGACUUCAACUAGGUACGUAAGUACCUACUAGAUAAUGUGGCUUACAAGGCUCUACGAUACUGUUCAUGGAUGUAGCAGGUAAAACUUGCGCACUAAAGCUUUAGCUCGGCAGGGGAUUAGGCGCCUAUCUUAUCAAUUCAUUUAGUUAGGUGCCUACUGUACUACCAUGGUAAGGGACGACUCGCGCGCUUGGACCGAGGCACACGUCAGUUUAUUGAACUUUAAAUGCAAUUUUGGCGGUUGCAGGUGUCUUCUUAGCUUCUAGGGGUGAGCCUUCCAAUGCUGAAUCAUAAAUCGUUACCCGAAAUAUCCAUCCGAACCCUUUCAGAAGAUCGAAUCUUCUUCAAGAAUUUGUUUAAUUCUUGAAGCUUCCUCCGGUCUCAGCCAUGAUAUCAGCUUCACGGCGAUGGCUACGCCGUAACAGAACACCAAUUGCCAUCGGUGUCGGCGUCAUCGGCGCCGGUUAUUUGGCAACUCAAUAUGUCCUCAGCAAGAUCAACGACGCGCGCGAGCGCAUGAGCAGCGAUCGCAUUGCGAAGGAGAACCUUCGCCGGCGGUUCGAACAAAACCAGGAGGACUGCACCUUCACGGUUCUGGCACUGCUACCGACCGCGACCUCCAACAUUCUCGAGACUAUGAAUACCGAGAAGAUCACGUUGGAAAUCCAACAGAUGAAGAGCAAGAGCCUACGGAAUAGCGGGGAGUCGUCGGCCACACCGCCUAGCAUUGCUGAUACGACAAUGACUGAGGAAGAAGGGAAGAGUAUCGUGAGUCUAGAGAGUGGCGUACAUGCGAGCCAACUGUCAUUGCCUCCUAUGUCUUCUGUAGGGGAUGGGUCUCAGGAUGGUAGUCAAGUUAUCCAAAGGCCUAACCGAAAAACGAAAAGACAAUUGUGGGAUGAUUUAACAAUAAGCUCCAUAACACGCGCUUUUACUCUUAUCUAUACUCUAGCCCUCCUCACUAUGCUCACGCGAAUUCAACUCAAUCUCCUCGGACGACGGAGCUACUUAUCAAGCGUGGUGUCGUUGGCAACUGGGACAGCCCAAUCAACAAUAAGCUUGGAGAAUAACGACGAUGAUAACCCGGAACACGCCUAUGGGAGUGACUUUGAGACGAAUAGGAAGUACCUAACCUUCAGCUGGUGGCUAUUACAUCGCGGCUGGGUCGAGAUCAUGGAAAACGUCGAGGGUGCUGUCCGCGAGGUCUUUGGACAUCUGAGCCCUCGUGACCUCCUGAGCUUCAAUACCUUCUCGCUUCUCACGAUCGAGGUUCGUAAAAAGAUGGAAGGCAGGUCAGAGGAGGAAAAUAAAGGGGCACGGCCAGGUGCCAAGUGGCUACCAUUCCUACUGCCACCUACCAAGAUGGAGGACUUUGUUCUCAAGGAAUCAGGAGUCCUGGGGGAUAGCGCGUCGUCGACUACGCAGCCGGGCGCUUCCUCAUCUGCCCCACCUGAGACAUCUCUCCGUCGCCUCCUCGACGAGACAUCAGACCUUAUCGAGUCACCUGCCUUCACUCACGUUCUAACGCUCCUCCUCGACGCCGGUUUCUCUACGCUCCUAUACAAGAAACUUCUCCCAGGAGCUUUUGACACGCCAGGGGGGGCCUUCACCAGUCCUCCCGCGGCGGAUAUGGGGACGUUGGCAGGCCAACAGGCUGCGCAAGCGGCGGCCUCGUCCAAGAUCGUCCUACUACCCAAGAUCCUAUCAGUGUUAACGCGACAGGCACACGUCAUCGGCAACGGCAUGCCCAACGAGUACUUGCAGGAUAUGGAGCAGGUGCGCGACCUCGAGGCCUUCGCGGCCGUCGUCUACUCGAGCAACUGGGAGAACGAGAUACACCAGGACGAUGGUGCCUUUGCUGAAGCGGUUGCCAAGCGAACCGCUGCAGAUGAGAAGGAGGUAGCCAGUAGUAGUCGAAGUAAAUUAUUGGGGUUGGGACCUGAGGGCGCUGUAGGAAGAUUCUCGCAGACCUCGACAGUGGGCGAGGAGAGCAUGGUUCUAGUCGAUCCUUCGCAGUCACAAUCGCAGUCGCAGUUGCAGAGCUCGUUCGAGAGCGCCUGGGGUAAGGCUACGGAUGGGAGUUAGAAUGGUGCGGAGAGGGUUGGUUACGUUGGUUUAGCAUGGACAAUUAUACAUCACGUCUAAUAUAUCGAAAAUGGUCUUAACUCGGCGAGCGGCGCACUUCAUAAUACAGUCUACGUUAAAAGGAGGGGCAAGAAAUCACAAAAUUCAAGACCACAUCAUCUUGGCGUCGGUAUCGUAGCUGCUAGCUCCCAAUUACCUCAUAAAGCAUAUAUGUAACA